AUGGACGAACAAGAAAAGUUAUAUAACAAAUUUACUCGAGAAGUAGAAAAACUAUCAGGAAUGAAGAAGGACUAUUUCGACAACAAACGAAAAUUUCAAGUAAACAUAGAUAUGGAUAAUGACUCACAUCGUAGGACGGUUAUCAAUGACAUCGUCCAAUCUAUUCAAAGUAAGGAAGAAAAGAACCUAUACAUCAAAUAUCAACACUCGUUCCGAUUUUAUUACAUAAUGACACAAUACAAAAAAAGAUACGAAGAAGAGGGUAGUAAAAAAGUUACCCAAAAAUUAAUGAACGACAUAGAUUUAAGCCAUAGCUACCAAAUAAUAAAAAAGACCCUUAGAAUACAUCACUUGUUUAAUUGCCCCAGAUUAAUCGGGAUCAAUGAAGCUUACAAAAACUGUCAAAUAUCCACCCGAGAGUUUUAUUUACUAAGCGAUUCAAAAUGGAAUACCAUCUCAAAGAUAUAUGACUUCAAUGAGCAGUACCUAGAAGAUUACUUAUACUGGAAGGUCAAACGAAGGAAGGUGGUUAUAAAGGAAAGCGAAGAAGAAAGUGAUAAAACCAUUUCUGAUAUUGCAGAACGUAAAAGGAAAGCUCAAUAUCGUAAAAGGAUCCAAAAAUUAAUUGUAAAUAAAGGGAACGGGAAUGAAAACAACGAAGAUACAAAUCCUCAGAAACGUAUUAGAACUGAUGAUAUUAAUAUUGAACAAGGUCAAAAUAAUGAAGGAAAGUUACCACCACAAAUACAAGUAGCUUAUAUCAUAGCUAUAUGUACGGCUAUACUUAAUCCUAAAUACGAAUAUAUUCAAUUAAAUGAAAAUAUAAUGAAGCGUAAUGUAGACCAUUAUUUAAAACAAAUUCAAGAAGGUCAAAAAAUCUGUCCUUAUGAUAAGAUCAUUUCAAUUAAUAAUGAAAAACAGUAA